GGCGGGUACGCGCAGGCGGCGGGACUCGAACCCGCGACUCUCGGCUGCGCGGGGUAUGGAGCCCCCCUCGGAGCUGCCCCCGCCCGCCGGCGCCACCUGGGGGAACGGCACCGCCGGCCCCCCCCUGCCCGGGGUGAACGAGACGGGGCCACUGCGAGCCAAGAACGCCACUUCCAUCCUCAUCGCCAUCGUCAUCACCGCGCUCUACUCCGUGGUGUGCGUGGUGGGGCUGCUGGGCAACGUCCUGGUCAUGUACGGCAUCGUCAGGUACACCAAGAUGAAGACGGCCACCAACAUCUACAUCUUCAACUUGGCCCUGGCAGACGCACUGGCCACCAGCACGCUGCCCUUCCAGAGCGCCAAGUACCUGAUGGAGACCUGGCCGUUCGGGGAGCUGCUCUGUAAAGUUGUCCUCUCCAUUGACUACUACAACAUGUUCACCAGUAUCUUCACCCUCACCAUGAUGAGUGUGGACCGCUACGUCGCCGUGUGCCAUCCGGUUAAGGCUCUGGAAUUCCGCACGCCGGCCAAGGCCAAAAUCAUCAAUGUCUGCAUCUGGGUGCUCUCUUCCCUCAUUGGAGUGCCCAUCAUGGUCAUGGCGGUCACCAAGUCAAAAGAUGGCAUGGUGCUGUGCACGCUCCAGUUUCCCGAUCCUCCCAUCUAUUGGGACACCGUGACCAAGAUCUGCGUCUUCAUCUUUGCCUUCAUGGUGCCCAUUUUGGUCAUCACCAUCUGCUACGGGUUGAUGAUCCUUCGCCUGAAGAGCGUCCGCCUCCUCUCGGGCUCCAAGGAGAAAGAUCGCAACCUGCGGCGCAUCACGCGCAUGGUGCUGGUGGUGGUGGCAGCCUUCAUCAUCUGUUGGACGCCCAUCCACAUCUUCGUCAUUGUCUGGACGCUGGUGGACAUCGAUAAGAAGAACCCCUACGUGGUGGCCAGCCUGCAUUUCUGCAUCGCCUUGGGUUACACCAACAGCAGCCUCAACCCUGUCCUUUAUGCUUUCCUGGAUGAAAAUUUCAAGAGGUGUUUCCGAGAGUUCUGCCUCCCUUUCCGAUCCCGCGUGGACCAGAACAGCUUCUCCCGUGCCAGAAACACCACGCGGGAGCGCGUCUCCACCUGCACCCCUUCCGAAGCUCACAACAAGCCGGCAUGACUAGACGCGGGCAGCCUCCAGCGGGGCUGCCAGGGCCACAAAGGGGACGACCUGCGUUCCGAAGUGACCCAGGUCACCACCACGGAGCUCUAGCAGAGCGGUGGCCUGGGUGCUGGGCUUUGUUUGAACUGAAAGCAAGUGGCUGCAAAGACUUUUUUUUUUUCAUCCUGGAGAAGCCAGGAUGGGGGAAUUGGGACUCGUCAAGCAAUGUAGGGACCAAACCAAGAGGCAACCUGGGUGAUGCUGCUUUGCCGCUGCUCCUGCCUGUGGCCGAGGAGAGCUGGCAGCCCCGUACACCCAACAAGGGCUGUCGUUCUGCCGGCGAAGCCCAAGCAUCCUGGAUCACCAUGACUGCAAUGACCACGUGCUUCUCCUGCAUGGGCCAAGGUGACUUCGCAGUCUCAGGCAAGAGGAGAAACACUCCCACGAUGGAAGGGAACUGUCCUUGGAUGUGAUGCCACAUCCUGGAGCUUUACUCCAUCAACCUUUGAGCUGUGUCCAAAACCCAGCCAGAGGUGGGAAGAGAAAAUGCUGCUGCUUGAGAGACAGUUCACAAAGAGCUCCAGAUCCAUAGGAAAAAUUCCACCGGAGUCCUUCAAACCAUGCCUGGCCCUGGAGGACAACCUGUCACUGUUAAUGUCAUUACUGUACUAUUUAGAGAUCCCUGACUGCAGCCAGGGCAGCCUUGGACGUGGACGGAAUGUUGGGAAUAUGGAUACAGCCAAGGGAUGGGGAUGGGGUAAGGCACAUCCCACGUUCCCCCUGUAUCUACGUGCUGAUCCCAAUUCCCCCGGCCCAGCAUCCAUCAGGGUGAUGAGGAACUGCUCCUCAUCAUCCAAAGACAUUGAGCCUGAGAAAGAUCUCAUUAAGGGAGCAAUUUGUGGAGACUUGAGGAGUUUCUCACAGCGCUAAAGCGAUUAGGAUGGACUAACGGGCUCUCUCCUUCCCCUGCCCGUUGGGUGAUGGAUGAGCAGCAGCGCUGCACGGAUUUCCUUCAGCAAAGCCAAAAAGGGUAGGAUUUCUUUUCUUUUCUAGUAAGUAGAAGACGGGAAAAAUCCCACCACCACUCCGUAAUUCCCUGCGAGCACUGAGAAAGGACCCAAAGCCUCCGAGAGACGGAGAGUUGGGAUUUCAUGCUCAAUCUGAAUGGAGCAACCAUCCCUCUGAAGAAGCAGCCGAGCUCCAAGGCAGUGCCUCCUGCAGGAGCCACCAGCCAGGGACCUCUGGACCGCGUUAUCUGCCGCUAAACAAUGACUGAUGGGUCCUCCUGGCCUUCUGCUCCCUAAAUCCCUGCCAUCAGCCCCACGCCGGCUGCGAGCAACAUCUGGGAGCCGCAAUUUUUCCAUCCCACCACCAUGGCUGCAGCCAGAAGGUCAAAGGGGCCAAAGAGGAGGCGGCUUGGAGGGAGCCGUAAUAGCAUUUAGUGGACAAAUUGAUGCAGCUGGAGGAAGCAGACGAGUGCCUGGGUGCACCUGGGGUUCGUGGGCUGGACGGAGAGCCUGGGUUGCGUCUCUGGUUUUUUCCAGUUGCAUCAAUUUAGCCUAAUGAAGGCCAUUACCUCUCCUUACCAGCCCUACCUUUCUCCAGAGCCUGUGGAAAUCGCAGCCUCCCCAUUAGGAAGGCAGAGCUGAUGAAGCAACCAAAACCAAUUUCGUUUUCAAAGGAACCAAAUAAGAGUGAAAUCGCCCGUUCGGGUCUCAAAGCAAUCGCUGCCGAAGCAUGCGAGCGAUCCUCCUUGUCUGUCGUGACCCCUUGCCCCGAGCAAAAGCUCAGUAUCUCCAGCCUGGACAUCUCCAGGGAUGCAAAGGGAUUCCUUUUCAGGCAUAGAUGGAGUCCUGGACAACAGGCAGAGCUACACUUGGUCUGCUCAUCCCCUACCACCCCAAGUUCAUGGAGCAUCGGGUAUGGGAAGGCAAGAAGGAUCGGCUCCAGGACAGGAAUUGAGCAAAAAUUCCAUGAGGCUGAGUUUCAGCUCCAUGAGAAAAGAGACUAAGGUGGCCAGAAAGAGUUGGAGACCACCCUUCAGCUCUCCACCUCCACCCAACCUGGGGGCAAACCCCUCAGUGCCAUGUGGAAAGGCUCUUGUUUGGAGCUGGUUCAUGGCAAGGGUGCGAUGUCCAACACUGUGGACCAGGACAUCUUGAUUUUCACUCCAGGCUUCAUUACGAAGGCAAAUUUCAGCUCGAUGUCUCAAUUUCGGAGGGGGUGGUAACCCCCAAAAUGUGAUGACCCCAAAUCAAUUGCUCUCUCUUAACCUGCCUUAGUCUGUGCCUCAGUGUCCCCAAGAAAUUGUGACCUUGGGAUUAGGGCAUGAAGGACAGCAGUGUUUCCAACCUCAGCGGAGGACCUGUUGUCCUCCUUUGUUGCUGAGAGGACAACAAAGGAACUGGGGGACACAGAGGAGGUGAACCCCAUCACCCGUGGAUGAGACAUCUCGGCCCCAAGCAGCCCCGUCAAGGAUGCACCAUCGUGUCAAGGGAUGGAGCCACGAGUACAGGGUUGCCUUGGGACUCUGGGGGUAGCUCACCCACCCCUUUUCCCAUUCCCACAGGAUCUUUCCACCCAGGAGAGCCCUGCCAAAUUCCCAACCUGCUGGGAAAUGUGCCUGCGAUGACCUUAAAAUGGGUUAAAAGGCUUCGAGUCAUUAUUUUUUUAAACGCAGCCACACUCAGACAGAGGAGCCCAGGACGCGGCAAGGAUUGGGGCUUUUCUUAGCUUAGAUUUUGCUGAAUAACAAAAAAAACCCAACCAAACCAAGAAUAUUCCUAAGGAAAUGAGGACACUGGUGGCAAAGGCUGCACCAGAGCCCUCACAAUGCCAUGGACCUGGAGCAUCACCCGCCUGCCCAUUGCAGCGAUGUCCCAGCAGGUGCCCGAGGGC